AUGACAAAUUAUCCCGCUCUGGUAAAAACUGGGCAAGAACCAGAAUAUAAAGUUAAACCGCCUUUGAAAAUUUCCUCAGUGGGGAUCGAAGUUAAAAAAAAUAGUAGUCAAAUGCCGGAUGGUUCGGCGCUUUUAACCAAUACUGGAAACCAUUCAAAUCUUAAAAGUCAAGGAAUUAACUACAUUAUUCAUGCCGUUCCUCGACCUAGAAGCAGUUGUGCCAGCGAUGAAGA